AUGUUCUUUAUGUUUGGUUUACUGCUAACAAGUGGUAUCAGUUACGGCUAUGAGCGCGCAAUUGAAGCAGAAAUGGCAGAUGUAAUCGAAGCACCGAUGGUAGUCGCCGACGAUGCAAAUGCCUCCGAGGGGCAAUUCGUGUGGGUGGAGGGUCUCCCUGUCACCGGUGGUGGUGACGAAGGUUGGGUAGAAUAUAACCUGUAUAUCCCUGCCGCUGGCACCUAUGCACUCUGGGGCAAAGUCAUCGCAUGGGAUGGCAAUAGCGACUCCUACUGGGUAACUUGGCAACCCGCCGAUCCAGACGAAAAUGCACAAGAAACCGGUAAUACAGAGUUUCGCUGGGGCGUUGCUCAAGGUAACGAUUGGCACUGGGAUCGGAUUAAUCACUGGCUGGACGGUGGCACGUUUGAACGGGAAUGGGAAUUAGACGCCGGUGAGACGACGCUUCGUAUCGCAGUCCGUGAAGAUGCCACCAUGUUGGAUGUGAUUUAUAUCACCGACAAUCUUUCUGAGGACGAAGCGGAACUUCGCGCGGAGGUCGAGAUCGUACUUGAAGCAGAACUCGCAAAUGAAAUUGUAGAUCCGAUGAUUGUUACAGAAGAUGAAAACGCAUCCGAUGGAAAAUUCAUCUGGAUGGAGGGAGCACCCGUCACCGGUGGCGGCGAUAGAGGGCACGCCGACUUUAUCAUUAACAUCCCGGAGGCAGGCGAUUACGCUCUCUGGGCACACGUUAUUGCAUGGGAUGGCAAUAGCGACUCCUUCUGGGUAACUUGGCAACCCGCCGACCCAGACGAAAAUGCACAGCAAACCGGUAAUACGGAGUUUCGCUGGGGUGUCGCACAAGGUGCCGCUUGGCACUGGGACCGUAUUAAUCACUGGUUAGAUGGUGGCACGUUUGAACGGGAAUGGGAAUUAGCGGCGGGUGAGUCGCUUCUACGUAUCGCAGUCCGAGAAGAUGCGACUAUGAUUGAUGCAAUCUUCGUGACGACCAAUACAGGUGCUACGGUUCCAGACCAAGCAGACGUUCGUCUGCCAACCGAUAAAGAUAGGAAACUACAAAUUGAGGGUCUCGCUGUAAGUGCAAAGGGAAAAGCCGCAACCACCUGGGGGACCCUAAAACGGGCGUAUCAGUGA